AUGGCCUCGGUGCAUGCACCCCCCGCGGUUCAGCAUCCUGGCGCGCCAAUGCCUACUGGCGCGACCAAGCAGCAGGCGGAAGAAGUUUUCAGGAAACUUAAGCAGAUGAAGGAACAGGGUGUUCCACCCACGGAUCCCGAAUACAUCAAGGCUUCACAGUUCCUGAUGAACUUCCAACAACAGCACAACAUGCGACGUACCCAGCAGCAGUUUAUGCAACAACAGCAAAAACAGCAGAUGCAGAAUGCGACCAAUGGUUCGCCUGCCAAUGGUAUAAUGCCUGGCCGACCUCUCCAGCAAGGCUCACCACAAGCGGCUCAGCCUGCAUCUAGCACACUCAACGCAUCCGCAAUGCCGACCCAGAGUUCUUCUACUCCAAUUUCUGCCGGCGCCUCACCUUCGACCGGCUCAUCUUCGAAUCACUUCACCCAACAACAACUGGGACUGUUAAGACAGCAAAUCCAUGCGUUUAAACUACUCGGAAAGAAUGCUGGAGUAUCGCUACAGCUACAACAAGCCAUCUUCAACCAGCGUCAACGCAGGCAAGCGGCCAUUGCCGAAACUGCUCAAGCAGCACAAGCAUCAAAAACCAACCAGACCGAUUCUGACCCCAACAAGGACGCGCAAAAUGGACCCGAAGCUACAACCGAAGAUGAUGGUGCAGAAAUUCCUAAGGCGCACGUGUUCAAGACGGUGAAAUCUCCAUAUGGCACAAGCAUGAUUCGUCCUGAGAUCAAGUACUUUGACCACUCGCAGCGAAAGAACAGAUGGUUCAUUCCCGGCGUCUUUCCUACAGGCAUUGAUUUCGAUCACUUGCGAUAUGAGCGAGAAGUCGUUGUUUCGAACAGGAUGAGACAGCGCUAUGCCGAGUUGAAGAACCUGCCUGGUGAUCUGGCUCACUGGGACUCCUCCAAGGAAAACCUGGAGGCUGAUGACUCUCUCAAGCGUAAGGCCAUUAUUGAGAUGAAGAGCAUUGCUUUGUACGCUAAGCAGCGAGCACUUCGCGAUAAGAUCGGGCGACAAAUGAUGCAUUAUGAUAAUCUCGCAAUGACAACCAACCGAUCCAGCUAUCGCCGAAUGAAGAAGCAAAAUGUCCGUGAAGCUCGCAUCACAGAGAAGCUUGAGAAGCAGCAACGUGACGCCCGGGAGAACCGUGAGAAGAAGAAGCACACUGACUUCCUCCAUGCCAUUACCAGCCACCGAAAAGAGAUUCAGGAGUCGGCUUCCUCUCAACGUACCAAAUCACACAAGUUGUCUCGUCUCAUGUACCAGCAACACUUCAACAUUGAGAAGGAAGAGCAGAAGCGUAUUGAGAGAACGGCCAAGCAACGUCUGCAAGCCCUUAAGGCCAACGAUGAAGAGGCGUACCUCAAGCUUCUUGACCAAGCCAAGGAUACCCGUAUCACACACUUGCUCAAGCAGACCGACGGUUUCUUGCACCAGCUUGCCUCUUCCGUCAAAGCACAGCAGCGCCAGGCUGCUGAACGAUACGGCGAUGGCGAGGAGCUGCCCAUGGAAGACAACAGCGACUACGACGAGGACGACGAGAGCAACAAGAAGAUUGACUACUAUGCCGUGGCACAUCGUAUUCGCGAGGAGGUCACCGGACAAGCUGACAUGCUCGUCGGUGGUAAGCUCAAAGAGUAUCAGGUCAAGGGUCUGCAGUGGAUGAUUUCGCUGUACAACAACAACCUCAACGGUAUCUUGGCUGAUGAAAUGGGUCUCGGAAAGACGAUUCAAACCAUCAGUCUAAUCACCUAUCUGAUUGAGCGAAAACAGCAACCAGGUCCCUAUCUCGUCAUUGUGCCUCUCAGUACACUGACCAACUGGAACCUGGAGUUUGAGCGAUGGGCACCUUCUAUAAACCGCAUUGUUUACAAGGGACCUCCCAACACCCGUAAACUACAGCAGGAUAAGAUCCGACAAGGCGCAUUCCAGGUUUUGCUCACAACCUACGAAUACAUCAUCAAGGACCGACCUAUUCUCAGCAAGAUUAAGUGGUUCCAUAUGAUUAUUGACGAAGGUCACCGAAUGAAGAACUCCAACUCCAAACUGAGCUAUACCAUUCAGCAGUACUACCACACUCGUUUCCGACUCAUUCUCACUGGAACACCAUUGCAAAACAAUCUCUCAGAGCUAUGGGCUAUGCUUAACUUUGUCUUACCAAAUAUUUUCAAGUCGGCAACAACUUUUGAUGAAUGGUUCAACACCCCCUUUGCCAACACAGGUGGACAGGAUAAGAUGGAACUUACGGAAGAAGAGCAGAUUCUCGUCAUCAGGCGUCUUCACAAGGUUCUGCGACCCUUCCUCCUGCGUCGUCUGAAGAAGGAUGUCGAGAAAGAUCUUCCUGACAAGACAGAAAAAGUUAUCAAGUGCAAAUUCUCUGCACUUCAAUCCAAGCUCUACAAGCAGAUGGUUACCCAUAACAAGCUUGUCGUUAGUGACGGCAAGGGUGGCAAAACGGGUGCUCGUGGACUCAGCAACAUGAUUAUGCAGCUGCGAAAGCUUUGUAAUCAUCCAUUUGUAUUUGACGUUGUUGAGAAUGUCAUGAACCCGCUCAACAUUAGCAACGAUUUGUUGUGGCGAACAGCGGGCAAAUUUGAGCUGCUGGACAGAAUUCUGCCCAAGUAUCAAGCAACUGGCCAUCGUGUCCUCAUGUUCUUCCAAAUGACUGCCAUCAUGGACAUCAUGGAGGACUACCUCCGAUACAGGCGAGUGGAGUAUCUUCGAUUGGAUGGUACGACCAAAUCCGACGAGCGUUCCGACUUGCUCAGGGAGUUCAAUGCCCCGGAUUCGAAGUACUUCAUGUUCUUGCUUUCGACCCGUGCUGGUGGAUUGGGUCUCAACUUGCAAACGGCCGAUACAGUCAUCAUCUAUGAUUCCGAUUGGAAUCCUCACCAAGAUCUGCAGGCUCAGGAUCGUGCCCAUCGUAUUGGUCAAAAGAACGAAGUCCGAAUCUUGCGACUUAUCAGCUCCAACUCGGUUGAAGAGAAAAUUCUUGAACGAGCUCGAUUCAAGUUGGAUAUGGAUGGAAAGGUUAUCCAGGCUGGUCGUUUCGAUAACAAGUCAUCAGAAACAGAUCGUGAUGCCAUGCUUCGCACCCUGUUGGAGACAGCCGAUAUGGCCGAAUCGGGUGAGCAGGAUGAGAUGGAGGACGAAGAGCUCAACAUGCUACUGGCACGUAGUGAUGAAGAGAUAACGGUGUUUCAAAAGCUCGACGAGGAACGGAUGAGGACCUCGCCUUAUGGUACUGGACCAGGCACCAAGGCUCGACUAAUGGGCGAGGAUGAAUUGCCCGAGAUUUAUUUGAACGAAGGCAACCCUAUGGACGAGGAGACUGAGGAGGUCAUACUGGGUCGCGGUGCUCGCGAACGCACCAAGGUCAAAUAUGACGACGGUCUCACUGAAGAGCAAUGGUUGAUGGCAGUGGACGAUGAUGAUGACUCUCCUGAAGCGGCUGCUGCUCGCAAGCAAGCCCGUAGGGACAGGCGUGACAACAACAGGUUAAAGAAAUCUGCACUCCUCAACUCGAUGGAUGAAUCACCUACUGGCAGUAGAGCAAGCACUGAGGAGAUCGAGAUCGAGAUUGAGACACCAAAGAAACGAGGGCGCAAACCAGGUAGUAAGAACGAGAAGCGUAAGGCUGAGGAUGGUAAUGAUGAGCCGCCUCCCAAGAAGCGACGUGGACCUCAAGGCCGGCCUAGCAAGGUCAGUCUCGAAUCACGAAUUCCAGCCCACCAGCGAGAAGUGCUGCAGAAGAGUCUUCGCAGCCUUUACGAUGGUCUAAUGACAUUGGAGGUGGACGAUAUUGAACCCCCAGAGGAUGACGAGUCGGAUCCAGGCAAGCGUCUCAUCAUUGGACCCUUCAUCAAAUUACCCCCCAAGCGCGACUAUGCCGACUACUACCUCAUCAUCCAGAAUCCUAUUUGCAUGAACCGGAUUCAGACCCGAAUCAAGAAGGAAGAGUAUACCUCGCUGAGCGGACUGCGGAAAGACAUCGAACUGAUGAUCCGCAACUGCCAAACGUACAACGAGGAUGGAAGCAUUCUGUAUCAGGAUGCUAAGAUCAUGAACGAAUUCUUCAACUCCAAGUACCAAGAAGAACUGGCAGCGCAUCCUGAACUUCAAGAGCUUGAAGAAGGGGGCAAGGACAGUUCAGUGGCGCCCUCUGGCAGCGGCGGCACACCUCAACCCAGUGGCACUCGCAUCAAGUUGAUUUCAAAUAGCGCAAAGGAAGCGAACGGCGGUAGCACUGCCGCACAGAGUGACGAGGAAUGA